CCCUCAUUUCUUAAAAGCUCUUAUUAGCUAUAUUAGUUGCUUCGAAUUGGGGCAUUCCGAGUUCCGAGUCCCUUUUGUUGAUUUCCCCGACGGGCGCCGCUCUGAUCGCCAUCGAUGGAUCGCGUGCAGCUGCUCCUCCUGGGGUUUCCUGUCUUCCUCUUCUUCUCCGACCUCGUCAAUCUCUUCUCGACCUCACCGCCCCCGCCUCCUCUUAAGCCUUCCUCUCGCCUCCACCACCCCCACCCUCAUCCCCACCCCCACCCCCACCCCCAACCCCACUCCUCUCCCUCCCAUCACCAAACCGCCGAUUUCCCCACCACGCCGCAGAAUCCGGAAGUCGGUGGACUUGGUUAUGGCACCACGGUCGAGUUGAAAUUCUGCGUUUCCUGCUCCUAUAGGGGUACUGCAAUGACAAUGAAGAAAAUGCUGGAAACUUCAUUUCCUGGGAUUGAUGUGAUAUUGUCAAAUUAUCCCCCAGCCUUUCCAAAACGUGUACUGGGCAAAGUUGUCCCUGUUCUUCAAAUAGGAGUUAUUGCAAUUAUAACAGCAGGUGAUCAGAUAUUCCCAAGGCUGGGCAUGGCUCCGCCUCCGUGGUACUUCUCCUUGCGUGCCAAUAGAUUUGGUGCUAUAGCAUCGACUUGGCUUUUUGGCAAUUUCUUGCAAUCAACUCUGCAGAGUUCUGGUGCAUUUGAGGUUUACUGUGAUGGUGAAUUGGUUUUCUCCAAACUAAAGGAGCAGAGAUUCCCUAGCGAGUUUGAGUUGAGGGAAUUAAUCGGUAAGAGAAUACCUGAUUCUGCAUUUGGGAAGAACCUUGGAAGCGUUUGGUCUUAAUUUACAGGCAAUCCUUUCCGCCAUGUUAGCAACUCUGAAGGGUGUGUUUUAAGCCAUGCAAACUAAUUUCAUCAUCCGAUGGAUCCCUGCCAUGUUUCUACUUUUCAAGUAUCAAACUCCAAUAUGCAUGUCUAUCACUUGAAACAUAUAAAACAUGAUUAGAUUGUCACUUUAUUCACACUAUGUUGCUGUGUUCUAUUUCUUUUACCGUAUGAUGCUAUAUUCAUGUCA